AUGAGUAUCAGGAGGAGUUGUUGUUCGUGUUUUGCUUCUGCGGCGGAAGAGAAUCGUUUUCGUUCGUUGUGCACAUCAUCAGGAGCAUCUGCAUCGGCGACGGCGUCAACUGAUGAUGAUGACAAAGACGACGACGAGAACAGAAGAAGAAUUAGAGAAAGAAAAAGAGAAGAAGAAGAAGAAGGUUCAAUUGAAGAAAAUCCAAACGAGAACGCGUGGAGAAGAAUGGUACGAGAAGCGGACGAGUUCGUGUUGCCUCCAGCUUUGAGAUUGAAAACUUUAGCAUCAUCAAGAGUCGAAGACGACGGUAAUAAAACCAAGAACAUCGAGUCAUCAUUGUCGUCGUUAAUCUCAAACGUCCCAGCGAAAGCGAUCGUGAUUGAAACCAAUCGACUGACGAACAGAAAAGGCUUUUAUAACGACAUCAAGAGCGACUACAUCAUCGACAACAACAACAACGAGAACAACGGGAAGAACUCGAUGGAGUUACCGAAACAUUUCGAGAAAGCGGUGAAGAAGGCGAUACAAUCGGAAGGGAGUUCGAAUAAGCAACUAGCGAGGAAAGGGAAGAGUUUAUUGGAGGUGUUGAGGACUGCAUCGAGAGGGUUUCCCGACGACCAAGUCGACGACUUUAACGACAGUUCCGAAGACUUUCGCGUGAGGAGUUGGGUCAAAGAAGGAUUGGACGUCAAAGGAAGUAAAAAUAGUAGUCACAGAAGUCGAAUGAACGAUUCGGCAACGAAGAUGUAUGAAGACGACGGAGAAGAUGAGGACGACGUAGAGAUUAUGAAACGAGAUUGGGACGCGGACAUUGAAUGGGGAGCGAGACUCUCCGUGCGAAAAAUGCGGCGGAUGCAAAUGGAAGAAGCGGUGUUUGUGGGUAAAGCGAAGACUCGAACGGGAGCGAAGAAAAAAUUAGGUGAUUUCGCCGCGUCGUCGGACGAUCCUCGACAACAAAUUCAAUCAAGGAGAAACGCGCCAAAAUACGAUCAAACCGAAGCUGCGGCGUAUGCGAUAACGCGCGCACCGAUGACGCUCGGUGCAAUCACGAACGUUUUGAAUGAGAUACACUUGCGAUUGAACGGAGGAAGUUUGGACGAGAAAGUAGCUUCGUUUUCUCCCGAGACGCUUCUUGAUUUUGGAUCCGGGAGUGUUUUCGUCGGCGCCAUGGCAGCUCGAAACGUCUUUGGAGAUCACGUCGGAAUGAGUAAAACGGGUAGAAAAAGCAUCGGUGACGAUCGCGACGAGUCGACGAGGAGUAAUAAUCGAGUAGCCUUUGCCGCCGUGGACAAGAGUUCCCACGGUAUGGUGUUUGCCAAACGAGUGGAAGAGUACAUGCGAGAUGAAGCUGAAAAAGAGGGAGAGGAGGAUACGAAAUUAGGAACGAAAGAAGACGAGAACGGGAAAGCAACGGACUAUGACGACAAUUAUGACGAUAACGACGAUGAUGCUUUACCCAUACAGUGGUCCGAAGACACGUUCGUUCCGGAAAGCGUGAGAAACAAUCGCAGAUUUCCAACGCCGGAAGCGUGGUCGGAAGGUUCCAAGCAAAGGUCCGUCGCUUCUUUAGCCGCGUUGCAAGACAGAAGCGCUUCUUCUUUUGACCUCGUAUUAGCGUGCUAUUCUCUCGGAGAAGUCAUGGUGGAAGCAGAAAACGAGGAAAGAAGAAUUAAAUCCGGAAUGACAUCGUCGAAGCACCUCAGCGGCGCGAACAAAACGUUCGGCAUGCGCAAAGUUGAUUUGCUCGCGAGGCAACUGUGGGACAAAACGGCCGAUGGCGGCGUUUUAGUGAUUGUUGAACCAGGAACGCCGCGAGGUUCGAAACUCGUUCGAAGAGUGAGGCAACUCGUGUUAGAUUACGAAGAACGCAACGCGCGUAAUGCGGAGAAAAAAAUGAAUGCAGCACCGAACAGCGUAAAAUCAAACGCUCACGUCGUCGCGCCUUGCCAACACGAUAAGAAAUGCCCCAUGAGCGUUGCGAACGAAAAAAAAUCAACUUCUCAAAUGUGGUGUCACUUCUCGCAACGCGUCGAGCGAACGGCGACGCAUCGGUUGAUGCUCGCAAGAGGUAAAGGACGAACGUAUCAAGACGAAAGGUUUUCGUACGUUGCGAUUCAAAAGUUACCCAGAGACCAAGCGGAGGAACUCGCGGAAUCGAAAGCUCUGCGUAUUUUGGAAGAAGAAAACAAUGCGGAUGUCGAUGCUUUCUUUGCUUCUGAAAGUCUCCCAUCUUCGGACGACGAUUAUAACGACGAAGAAGAAGAAGAAGAGGAAGAGGAAGACGACGAAAGCGAAGAAGACGAGGACGAAGAUACCUUUAUAUUCGACGAAUCCACGAAAUCUAAAGCUCGCGCCGUCGCCAUGGCCUCCCAACCUUUAUGGUCUCGAGUCGUCCGUCCACCGAUCAAACGACGCGGUCACGUUGUCAUCGAAACGUGCGAACCAAACGGUAAGUUGGAGAAACGUACCGUCGCGAAAAGUCACGGCACGGUUUUCGGCAUCGGAAGAGACGGCUAUCGCCGCGCGAGGAAAACGAAACUCGGCGAUUUGUUCUCCUUCGAAGAUGUCAAGAAAAGAACGACGAUUGAUACCGACGACGAUUUUGACAUCGACGGUACGAAAAAUACCAGCAUCAACAACAGAGCCGGGGUGGUCUUCGACGAGGAGAAGUUCAUCAUGGAUUGGUUGGAGCAGAAGAAGAAAGUUGUCGAGUAA